CCGGGCGGCUGGCGCCGCACUCGUGGGUUGUGCUGCCGCUGUGGCCCAGAGCGGCUCCUUCCUCACUCCUCUCCUCCUCACGGGGCACUCGGCUGCGGCGAGGCAGCCGCUGCAUGAACUUUUGGCUCAGGAGUAGAAGCACCAGCAGCCUUCAAAAUGCCGAAGCCGAUCAAUGUUCGAGUUGUUACUAUGGAUGCAGAGCUGGAGUUUGCCAUCCAGCCAAACACUACAGGAAAGCAGCUGUUUGACCAGGUGGUUAAAACCAUAGGCUUGAGAGAAGUGUGGUACUUUGGUCUUCAGUAUGUGGACAACAAAGGAUUCCAGACUUGGCUGAAGCUUGAUAAAAAGGUUUCUGCUCAAGAAAUCAGAAAGGAGAAUCCCCUCCAGUUCAAAUUCCGUGCCAAGUUCUUCCCAGAGGAUGUGUCUGAAGAGCUGAUCCAAGACAUCACACAGAAGCUCUUCUUCCUGCAGGUGAAGGAAGGGAUCCUCAGCGAUGAGAUCUACUGUCCUCCUGAAACAGCAGUUCUUCUUGGCUCAUAUGCUGUGCAGGCCAAAUUUGGAGAUUACAACAAAGAUGUACACAAGCCUGGAUACCUCAAUUCAGAGCGUCUCAUACCCCAGAGGGUGAUGGACCAGCAUAAGCUCUCCAGAGAGCAGUGGGAAGAACGGAUCCAGGUGUGGCAUGCUGAACAUGGUGGCAUGCUCAAAGAGAAUGCCAUGCUGGAAUACCUCAAGAUUGCUCAAGACCUUGAGAUGUAUGGAAUCAACUACUUUGAAAUAAAGAAUAAAAAAGGAACUGAGCUUUGGCUGGGAGUUGAUGCCUUGGGUCUCAACAUCUAUGAAAAGGAUGACAAACUGACUCCAAAGAUUGGGUUCCCUUGGAGUGAAAUCAGAAACAUCUCUUUCAAUGACAAGAAGUUUGUUAUAAAGCCUAUUGACAAGAAAGCACCAGACUUUGUGUUCUAUGCCCCUCGUCUGAGAAUUAACAAGAGGAUCCUGCAGCUUUGCAUGGGCAACCAUGAACUGUAUAUGCGGCGCAGAAAGCCCGACACCAUUGAGGUGCAACAGAUGAAAGCCCAGGCCCGGGAGGAGAAGCACCAGAAACAAUUGGAAAGGCAACAACUAGAAAACGAAAAGAAGAAAAGGGAGACAAUUGAGAGGGAGAAAGAGCAAAUGUUGAGAGAAAAGGAGGAGCUCCUGGUGAGGCUACAAGAAUAUGAGGUGAAGACUCAGAAAGCAGAGAAAGAGCUCUCAGAUCAGAUCCAAAGAGCCAUUCAGCUGGAGGAGGAAAGGAGACGCGCACAGGCAGAAGCAGAACGUCUGGAAGCUGACCGUCUGGCUGCUCUGCAGGCCAAAGAAGAGCUGGAGAGACAGAAUAUGGACCAGAUAAAGAGCCAGGAACAGCUGGCUACAGAGCUUGCAGAGUAUACAGCCAGGAUUGCACUUCUUGAGGAGGCAAGGAGACGUAAAGAGAGCGAGGUUGAAGAGUGGCAAAUCAGAGCCAAGGAAGCUCAGGAGGAUCUGGUAAAGACAAAGGAGGAGCUACAGCUGGUGAUGACUGCUCCACCUCCACCCCCACCACCUGUCUACGAGCCUGUUAACUACCAUGUCCAUGAUAACUUGCAAGAUGAGGGAUCUGAGUACUCUGCCUUCAGUGCGGAGUUCUCCAGUGAGGGGAUCCGGAAUGACCGCAACGAGGAGAAGCGCAUUACUGAAGCAGAGAAGAAUGAGCGUGUGCAGAGGCAGCUGAGGGCGCUGACAGAUGAGCUGGCCCAGGCUAGAGAUGAAAACAAGAGGACCCACAAUGAUAUUAUCCACUCAGAGAACAUGCGACAGGGACGUGACAAGUACAAGACACUGCGACAGAUCCGGCAAGGCAACACCAAGCAGAGAAUUGAUGAGUUUGAAGCAAUGUAAUGAUGUUUGUAACAAGAAGGAAGGACUGUGGGGAAGGCAGAUCUUAAUGCUGUAUUCUUGUUUUGGGGGUUUGUUGUUUUUUUUUCCCCUGAGGAGGGGUCACUGUAUGAGAUGUAACAAGUGUUCUUUAAAAACCCCAGGGUGUUUGAAUCUCACUUUUAUUUUGUACCUCCUAUUAAAUUUGGUAUAGUUAAAAACUCAUGGUACCACUGAUCCUGGUAACUUGCUCACGCCUUUGCUUAGUGCCAAAAGGCCUUAGGUCACAUCUUUCUUUAAGCAAGCAGGUGCUGGAUUCAGGUUGGUCUAAAACUAAGUGACUGUGGGCAAAUUUUGUGCCAUAUGUUUCUGUAUUAUUAGUUACAGUGUAAAGUCCAACAGUUGCAAAGACAGGUUGUAGAACUCAGAAUUUGCAAGCCCUGUAUGUAUGUGUGCAUGUGUGUUUAUAUACCCUAGUUUUUUAUCCUUGGUCUUGAUGCCCACAGCCUGUUCCCUACCCCAUGCACACAGAAGAACUGACACCACCUCAGAACCUCUCUGUGUAGAAAUUAGGCUUCUUCUGGUUGCUGCUCUCAACUGGAGAAACUCUGCAGUGAUGGCACAGGGACACUGAUACCCUCCUUGUGUAACACCUAGGCAAAUAUGCUGUUGGAAUCUAAUACACUCCUGUGUUUGCAUUCCAGCUUCAUUACUGAUCAGUCAUAGUGUAGUAUUUAUAUAUAUAUAUUAAAACCAUGCAAUAUGUGGAUUGCAGUAGCUUAAAGGGAAAUAGUUUUGCUCUGUAUAUUUUGUUACUUUUCAGAUUAAAUAAGACUUGCAUCUGUAAAAAUGCCUAAACAAUGCUUAGUCUAAUACAGUGCAUUAACUGAUUAUUUGCUACAAAGCAUUAUUUGUAAAGAUCACUUUUUUACUUAAUGAAAACUUACUAUGUACUCAUGAUCCAACAGAUACAAUUUUACUGCACCUAUUUUUCUAACAAAUUUUCUAAUUUUUUUUAAAUGUUUGAUUUAAAGUUUCAGACUCCAAAGAUGAAGGGACUGCUUGUUUAUAUCACAGUUGUAUUCUCUCUAGUAGAGAGCAUUUCUGUGACCAUUCCUUCCCCUCCUAGGUUCCCCCUUUCCUUGAAAAUCUGUUAGAAAGUGAGAUACAGUAUGUUGUCAGCUCUUCUCUUCCAUUUACACCAUCUCUGCUGCUUUAUACUUGAGUUAAAUUGUGUGUGGUUUUUUAUUUGCAGCAGCAAACAUUAAAUAAAAGAUCUGCAAAGUAACAAAGGA